AUGUACAACUACAUCAAAUGUAUUACAUUCUGUGGUGUGUCAACGUGGUCGCAUAUACAGGUUGUAGUAGAAUGUCCCCGGGGUUAUUUGAACAAAGAAACUGCCGAUCUAUGCACUGCCGAGGAGACAAACGACGCAUUUCGCAGUAUCCCCGUUACUGGAAGGAAGACAGGUCUGAUGUAUAGGAACAUCUACUGUGCUCAGUGCCAUGGCGAGGAAGCAGAUUUCUGGAUGCCAAAUGUGAAGUGCCCGAACAACUACAACUUCAGCCUGAAUUUUUCCUUGACCUUCAAUGAAAUUUUAUCUCACCCUAAAUGUGUUCUCGUAUACCAGCAACCUUUAAAUGCUCCUGCGUUUCGCCCUUGUUACCAACACGUUAUUGAGACAUGUCCGGAAAUCAGCAAGCAAUGCAAGGACUGCCGGCACAAGCUUGUAUAUAGUAAUGAGAAGAUAUACAAGAGCCCCGAAAUUGCUGCAUGCAACAAUGAAAGCACGCCUGGUUGCAUUGUGCCAGGGAAAUUCAAUGGCUGCAAGAUAUCAACCACUCUCAAUGACACUAUACUGGACGAUACAGACGCGCUGUCUCACGAAAGGAACUUAUCCGACUGCCCUCGGGUGACAUUGAAUGAAAACGAGUAUACAGUGCUGAGAGACGGCCGCCUCCAAGAAAGAGUGUCACAGAUUGUACACGAACAGCAUGACAUCGUCAUGAACGGAACCGACGCUCUGGUUUGCAUUAGUUCCAGGAAAUCACACCCAGAGUCUCUGAAACGUUUCUUGAUAACGAGAAAAGACGUCUCAAGUAUUGAGGGAAUAAUCAGUGGCAUUGGUACGAUACUAUCACUUGUAUCCCUUCUAAUGACAAUAGUAGUAUAUGCCACAUUGCGGAAGCUCAGGAAUGUUCCUGGGUGUAAUGUCCUUUCUCUCUCUGUAGCUCUUUUCAUUGCAGAAGUGUUAAUGCUCACGGCACCUGAAACAGAAGGUUGCUACAUCGUGUGCAAGAGUAUCAGUGUUGCAAUGCAUUAUUUCUUUCUCGCUGCCUUCAUUUGGAUGAAUGUAAUUGCCCAUGAUGUUUGGUCAACAUUUACAAGGGUAAUGAAUGCAGCAAACGUUUCGAAGAAGCCCUCAAGUCGUUAUGUAACAUACAGUAUGUACGCUUGGUUGACUCCAAUGCUACUAACCAUACCUGGAUUGACGCUUGACUUGACUUUCCCAGAUUCUCAAUACGCGCCUGGCUACGGGGAUGGUAUCUGUUGGUUUAGUAAGAAGUUAGGGUUGUUGGUAUUCUUUGCUACUCCACUUGCUCUUAUUGUCACCCUGAACAUUAUUUUCUUCACAAUGACAGUUGCUAAUAUAUGUUUGGUAAAGCGAACAUCUGCCCGCAGGCUCGGACCUGACUACAGAAACCAAUUCAGCAUCUACAUCAAACUCUUUCUCGUUAUGGGUUUGACCUGGGUGCUUGGUUUUCUGUCUGCUUUUGUGCCUCACCCAGUCACAACCUAUCUUUACAUCACCCUCAACACACUGCAAGGUCUCUUCAUUGGAGUAUCAUUUGUCUGUACCUGGAAGGUACUGCACCUUCUUCAGGAAUUUUUCGGCCGUGGCAAAUACGCCAUAUCCCGAUCAACUACGACUCAGGUCCCUAAUUAUACUGUUACUUACAUGUAGGUAUUGAACAUUUUACCAGACACCGUCAACAUCGGACGCAUAUUUAUGUUUUGUCGUACAUUUGUAAUAAUGCGCGUCUGUAGGCCACUGAUGAUGCUUCUUUCAUGCUUAAAUCGUAUUGUCGUUGGAAAACAUGUUUUUGGUCGUUGCUCUGAUCUCAUCUAGAUAUCAUAAAAAGUUCAAUGGGAAUAAAUGUAGUGUUAUAUGUUGUAGUGUCAUAACAAUGUUGUUAAUAAUGUUGUCUGAAAUAUAUACUCUCCAACAAUAACGCAAAGCCGUUAAUAGGUAUAUUUCAAAACAUGAAAUGGGAUGAACAACUGUUCUGUAAAACAUGAAAUUUCACAUAAUUGGAGCAACAAAGUUUGUCUAUAUGAUAUUCCGGAUUUCAUAACACACGGAAGUCGUGCAGUUGGACAUUGGUGACGUCAGUUCACUUUCUGUUAUGACCACCACAAGCUCAGUUUGGUUCAAAUCUGGCGAUCUGGAUGGCCAAGGAAGCUCAUAUGCGUUGUUAUUGGCUAUGAGCCGUGUGCGGCCUGGCGCUGGUAUAUUUCAAAACUUUGAAACCUUGAAACCUUGAAAUGUUGUCAAAGAAUAAAACAGA